UCCAAACUAAGCAUAAAGAAAGAUAGACUAAUUUGGCAAACAGAAUUAGUUAUGAUGACAGUACCAACAUGUUGUAUUGCUUUACUCUUUGCUUUUGUAUUGUUUUGUACUGAAGUUAAGGCACUGAGCUCCGAUUACUACGACCAAACAUGUCCUAAUGCAGAGUCAACAAUUACCAAAGUUGUCAAGAAUGCUAUGUUGAAUGAUAAAACAGUUCCAGCAGCGCUUUUAAGGAUGCAUUUCCAUGAUUGUUUCGUUAGAGGUUGUGAUGGCUCUGUGCUGCUGAACUCAACAAGAAACAACAAAGCAGAGAAAGAUGGACCUCCUAACAUUUCAUUGCACGCAUUUUAUGUCAUCGAUGUUGUUAAGAAACAAAUCGAGGACUUGUGCCCUGGAGUUGUCUCUUGUGCUGAUAUUGUUGCUCUCGCUGCUCGUGAUGCUGUUGCUCUUUCUGGAGGUCCUACUUGGGAAGUUCCUAAAGGUCGAAAAGAUGGAAGAGUCUCUAAAGCCACUGAAACGCGACAAUUACCUUCUCCAACGUUCAACAUGUCUCAACUGCAACAAAACUUUGCCCAAAGAGGACUUUCUUUGGAUGAUUUGGUUGCACUUUCAGGAGGACAUACUCUUGGAUUCUCUCAUUGUUCUUCCUUCCAAAACAGAAUCCACAAAUUCGACAAACGUCACAAUGUUGAUCCAACAUUACAAGCAUCAUUUGCAGCCAGUCUACAGAACAUUUGCCCCGCGCAUAACAAGGUCAGAAAUGCAGGUGCCACGAUGGAUUCUACAACAACUUUAUUCGACAACGCCUACUACAAGCUACUAAUGAAUGGCAAGAGCCUUUUCACUUCAGAUGAAUCUCUACUCACAAAUUCAAGGACCAAAAGACUAGUUUCAAAGUAUGCUAGCUCUCAAGAUGACUUCUUUAAAGCAUUCGCCAAUUCUAUGAUCAAGAUGAGUAGUAUCAGUGGUAAUGGACAAGAAGUUAGACUAGACUGCAGAUUCGUUAGGUGAUGAAGAACUUUAAUUUGUUUGAUUUUCUUGAUUGUUUAAGUCUGUUUAUUCUGAGCAAAAGACAUAUUUAUCUUGUUUCCCUUUCUUGAUUUAAUUGGAAUGUAGAGUGAAGUAUUUGUUUUUUUUCAUAUAAUAUAACUCUUCUUUAGUUCACAGUAAGAAACACUAAUAGGUAAAGAAAUGGCACCAGAUAAUCUCGUCAUCUCCAGACUCCACCUCCGUUCUGUUCUUGGACUAGUUGCACAGCAACAACACACAAAAUGUGAACAAAAGUCAUCGACGAAGCCUCCCUGAAAAAGCAUAGUGACAAAAAGUGGAUACCAAACAACUUACCUUUAGUUGGAAUUAUAACAGAAAUAGAACAUGGAACUUGAACUAACAUGUCAACUAGUACACAUUGGCUUCUCGUUAGCUACUGAUGCGAUAUUUGAGAAUGUUGUACAAGUAUAAAAAAGAGUCUUUACACUAUGACUUUAUUCAAUCACACUAAUACAAAAUCCUUUAAGGUAUCUAAAUGAAAAAAAAGAUAAGAUAUACAGAGUAGGACACAAACACAUUCUGUAUAAAAGAACAUUAAGAAAAA